AAUUGCGAUACCAGCUACCCAUGAAUGGUUGCGGUCCGCCAUCAAAACAACUUGAAGAAGGAGAAGCUACUCGUGAAUUUUCUCCUCAAAAGUCAAAUCCGUUUUCCAAAAUUGACAUACACUAGUAUCUAAAUGAUAACGAAGAUUAUUAGCAAUUACAGGUUUCAAGAAGCUCAGGUUUCCAGGUGUGUCAAUAUUAUUUUGAACACUAGCUAUCUAUCUUGCAAGAUAAUGCUAAUUCCACAUUGCUAGCUAGCAUUUUUGUAUGUAGCUUGCUAGCCAACAACAUUGUGCAUUUUGACAUUUAGAUGUUGUAUUUUCUUUAGUAGCUAAUGCACUGUUAAAUUAAUUCGUGAAAUUGGUAUAAUAUCAGGACAAAUUGCUUUUGCCAUAGUUUUAUCACACAGGGUGAAGGUUUUGUCCUGAUACAUGGCUGUUGUGCUUGCUAACACUGUCAUUGCUACGCUACUAACCGAAUAUGGAGUCUAUAGUGAUGUCUGAAGAAGUGAUCGUCGUGGAGUGGGCAGAUCCUGGUGUGUCAGAGGAGGGAUGCCAAGUCCAAAUCAUUACAGACAACCCCUCUGCAGUGUUCUCUGACAGCCUGGUCCAGAAUAUAUUGGUGAACACUGUGGUGCAAGGCCAAGAGGAGGGUCAUCAACUACUAGAUGACAACGGUAAUGACCUCUAUUGUGAGGAGUGUCAUACCUCCAACAAAGACCAGUGUGAUGUCCAAGGUGGUCUGUCCUUCAUGCUGGACUCUCCCACUCCAAUGGGUAUACCCCAGAGGGCCCUCCUCACCCUACCCCAUGGGCUGGUGGUAGGCAGGUCCAGUAUCCCAGGGGCAGGCCUGGGGGUCCUAAACCAAGGGCCAGCUGUGGCCCCAGGAAUGCACUUUGGCCCCUGUGAGGGGGAGGUGACUACCAGGGAAAGAGCAGUAGCAAGUGACUAUUCCUGGGAGGUCUGGAACAGUAAGAGUGAAUCUGAGUACAUCGAUGCUGCACGAGACACUCAUUCCAACUGGAUGAGGUAUGUUAACUGUGCUCGUAAUGAAGAGGAGGGUAAUCUCAUAGCACUCCAGUACAGGGGGAUUGUUUUCUUCCACUGCUGCCGCUCCAUCCUCCCAGGAGAUGAGUUCCUGUUUUGGCCUGGGGGCAGAUUCAUCGAAAGGUUUAGGGACCCCUCUGACCAAAUCUGGCUCCGAAAGUGCACCCCUUCAGAGUUUAGAACAGAUUUGUCGUCUCAGGUUUUCCUCUGCUGUCAGUGCCAGCUUACUUUCACCACCAAGUCCUACCUUCAAAAACAUACAGAGAAAUCACACUCUCUGGACCUAUCACCUGCGUCUGAACUGAGUGAGCUUGACAAUCACCUUUCUAACGGCAAUGUAAAGCCAGACCCGAUGUCGUCGUCCUCUGUAGUGGAGUUGGCCUACCGGUGCCCUCAGUGUCCUAAGAGCUUUAAGCAGAAGGGCCACGUCCAGAGACACAUGCGAAAUGUCCACUCCAAGGUGAAACCGUACUGCUGCAUCCAUUGUAGGAGGUGUUUCGCUCAGCUGUCUUGUCUGGCCAGGCACCAGAUACGAGUUCAUGGAAAGAAGAAGAAGCAGGGAAUAGAAGAGUUUAUGUCUGAAGAGGUCAGAGGGAAGAGUCAGCCACCCACUGACAGGACCCAGGAAAUAGAGUCCUCCACCUCCGAUGCUCCACCUACAGGGACCUCGGUCUUAUUCCCGUGUCCUCAUUGCCCAUUCUCUUCUACUGUGGAGAGCAGCCUUUGUCAGCACAUGAAGAGCCAUGACCAAAGGGAAAAGGUCAUCAAAAUGCAGGCUUUUGUAGAGGUCAGAGGGGAGAGCACCCAUAAACCUGAAUCCCCUGAACUCCCCUCUGAUGCUCUACAUACAGAGCCUCAGACAGAUGAGCCGGCACAAAGAGGUGGGGAGGCCAACAGCUGCUCUCAGUGUGGGAAGCGCUUUAAACAGAAGGGUCACUUCCAAAGACACAUGCGAGCUGUCCACUCCAACGUCAGACCCUACUGCUGCCCCCAGUGCAGGAAGUGUUUUGCUCAGGGGUAUGACCUGGCGAGGCACCAGCUAAGAGUUCACGGAACGAAGAAGAAGCAUCGAGUAGUAGAGGUCAGAGGGGAGAAUCUGCCCCGGCCGCCCUCUGACAGCGCCUGGGAACCGGAGCCCCCCUCCAAUGAUUCACCUACAGAGACCCAGACUGGAAGAGCUCCCUCUCAGAGACUAAGAAACCUCAGAGUAAAGUCCACUAGGACCUCUAAAGCCAAAACUAAGACAAACGCACCAAAACAAAGACAAAUCAGUACCAAGAAGAGAACCCAUUCAGAUCCUGAUUCAGAUGAUCUGGACAUGGAGAAGGAGGGAGAGGCUGUUGGAGAGGAGGCCCAGUACAGCUGCACUGAGUGUCAGGGAACCUACGACAACCCAGAGUCUCUCAGAUCCCAUCAGUGCAUCCAAGUCGUGGUGGGGCCGCCGCCGUAUUCUUGCUCUACAUGUGGGGUUACCUUCAAACGGUACACCACUCUGAAGAAGCACAAGCUCAACAAGCACCCGAAGGAAAAUAUGCGUUAUUGCUGCACCCGCUGUGGAAGGUUCUUCAGUCAGGCUGCCGGUCUACAGCGCCACCUGGAGGCAGAAGUAUGUAAGGACAUCCAGCUGAGCUCUGAAGCUGUCCCCUGCUCCUACUGCCAAUUCUCCUUCACCGAGGAGAGGUACCUCCGGAAGCACGUUAAGAGACACCACCCUGAGGAGUAUGUCUCUCAAGCCUCAGGCCUGGGCUCAGGCCUCAUUCCGCCAGAGCAGAAGGCCGUGGAGGGGGGAGAGGUCCACCUCUGCUUUCAGUGUGGGAAGAGCUACAAGUAUGUUAAAUGCUUCAAAUCUCACAGGUGUUUCCAGUCAGUCACAGCCAAACGGUACUUGUGCAAUGACUGUGGGAAAGGUUUCUCUUGUUUCUACAGCCUUAAGCAGCAUCAGCGGAUUCACACGGGAGAGAAGCCAUACCGCUGUUCUUAUUGCGAGAAGUGUUUUAGCCACUCUGGACAGCUGAAUGUGCACGUGAGGAUACACACAGGGGAGAAGCCUUUCCUGUGUACAGAGUGUGGAGAGACCUUCCGUCAGUCUGGGGAUCUGAAGCGCCAUGAGAGAAAACACACUGGGGUGAAACCAUGUACCUGUCCUGAAUGUGGGAAAAGCUUCAGUAGACCUCAGAGUCUGAAAGCUCACCAGCUGCUGCACAACGGAGAGAAACUGUACAAGUGUGAUCAGUGUGUCAAAAGGUUUUCACGAAAUUAUCACCUGACGAGACACCAUGAAAAGAUGCACUCAUAAUUUGGCUGCACCACACACACUUUACUACUUGGUUAAGUUUAUCUUUCUGUAGCAGAGCAACAUUCACAGAUCAGAAUACCAUACUAUUUACAACACAAGUACAAGCAUGUGAUUUGUGUUUUAUUAUUGCUUGACCCCACUAACGCGCUCGUGUUUGAAUGGAAGCAAGCCCCUGUGGAAAGCCUUCCCAGAAGAGUGGAGGCUGUUGUUGCAGCAGAGGGGGACCAAAUUCAUGCGCAUGAUUUUGGAAUGAGAUGUUUGACGAGCAGGUGUCCAUACUUUUGGUCAUGUGAUGUAUCUUUUGUACCUGGAGGACAAUUCAGUUUGUAAACUGAAGAUGAGGGAAAUAGAAAAUGAAUUUUAAAAAUACUGACUUCAUUAUCACGGUUCACCAUUUAUUCCACAAAACAUAAUGCAAAGCAUGUGCCCUGUACAAGCCUAAAAUCUUAUGAAAAUACAUAACAUGCUCAUGAGAUAUUUCUUCAUUUCAUAAAAUUAUCCAACACUGUC